AUGGCUGAAAAGGACUCUUUGACUCAAGGCCCAAUAUGCGUGGCUUCAACCCAAGCGGACGAUGCACGGGAUAUCCGAAUUGAUGUCCAGUCAUCUCUCAAACAAAGUCAGGAUCUCACCUUUGGGUCAGCAGAAGAGAAUAGUAGAAUAGAUCCACAUCUUAAUUACGUGAAAGGCUUGGAAUGGUCCCCGGAUGGCACCACACUUCUGACCGAUUCUGCGGAUUAUCAUAUCAGAACCUAUAUCCUGCCUCCGGAUUUGCUGGAAGGCACAUCAUCACCGCGUCGGCUGGACCCUUACUCUGUUUUGCCUUCAGCAGAGCCAACGUACGCCACUGCCAUCUAUCCGUUCUUCAAUCUCCAGGAUCCGUCCACCACUCUGUUCCUAUCAUCAGUCCGUGAUCACCCAAUUAGACUCGCGUCUGCUCUUGUGCCUACCACUUUGGCAACUUACUCGCUCAUACAUCCGACGACAGAGGCAUUCAUUACGCCUCACUCAAUGGUGUAUCCGCAUGCCCUGGGCGGUACGCACUUCCUCACCGGAUCCGAUAGCCUGAUAUGUCUUUUCGAUGUAUCCCGUCCUGGGAGCGAGGGCCCCGUCGCAUGGAUGCCCACAAUACCCAGUAAGCGUAAGCAAAUGGUAGGUGGAGGAGUCGGGAUGAAGGGCAUUGUCUCCGCAAUGGCCAUCAAUCCCGUUGGAGAUGGUAUCUUGGCUGCGGGGACAUUUUCCAGGCAGAUAGGUCUGUAUGGGGCGAAUGGGACCGGAGAGUCUCUUGGGACCUUUAGCAUUACAAAGACGGAUGCUCAUCGCCACAUUGGCGGUGCGGGAGUCACGCAACUACUUUGGAGUCCCUGCGGAAGAUAUUUGUAUAUUGCCGAACGGAAAAGCGACGGAGUCCUCAUAUUUGACAUCAGAGUCACCGGGCAGCUUCUUGGCUGGCUAGAAGGUCGAAGGGCCGUCACAAAUCAACGCAUGAAGAUCGAUGUUGUACCUGUCGCACAGGGCGAGUCCCAUGAGAUCUGGGCUGGAGGAACUGACGGAUGUAUGAGAGUCUGGCGAAAUCCCACGCACACUGCUGGGCCGCAAAAAUGUGACUGGGAAUGGAAGGUUCAUGAUGACGCGGUGAGCAGUACUGUUUUGCAUCCCAUGGGAACCAUAGCAGCAACGACUUCUGGUCAGAAGCGCUCCUCACGUGAUAUAAGUCAUUCCACCAAGAAGGUCGAUAAUAGCCUGAAAAUCUGGUCGAUGCCAUUCCUAGGUACCCCUGUCAGUUGA